CCUGUUUUUUUAAGUCUCCUAUUAGGAGCUAAAUGACGACUUUGUGAACAGAAAAAUACAUUUCUGUAAGUGUAAUGUAGCUUUGUUCUUCUUGUAAAGGAACCAAACUUUCUUCCAUUCAUUUUAAUUUCCUUUUCUCCUUUUCUUUUUUUGACAAAGUCAAUAGACUCAAAUUCACACAUUAAAUAUAAAUAAAUAAACACCCUCUUCAUGCGUCCACCAAUGAAAAAAUAAAAAACUUUACUCCUUGAAAAUAUUCUAUAUAUAUAUAUAUAUAUAUAUAUAGCUAAAUUAAGCAACGAGAGACAAACACACACACUCUCUCUCUAUCUUACACUUUUUUUAACACCCUCCAUAACUCUCUUUCUUUGUGUUUGUAUCCCUCUCUGUCUCUCUCUGUGUUUUCUGUCUGUGAAAACACCAAGAGGAUUACAAGAAUAUAAUCUGCUCUUCUUGUUGGCUCAGCUCUCUGUGUAAAGAGAGUAAUUAAAGAAUCAAGAUUCAAGAAUAUCAAGAAUCAAGAAUCAAGAAAAGAAGGGCAAGAAUCAAAAGGAACAUGGGUAAUGGGUACAAUCACCACCAAAACUUUCAACUCUACCAUAAAUCCACAUUCUUGCCUAUGUUAUGUUCAAGACCAUCUAUCAAAGAUGUUUGUGUUCCCAACAAAUUGGAAGAUAGAUCUAUGUCCUUCUCUAGUGAACCUUUAUCGCCAAAGAUUGGUUGCAUGGGUCAGGUCAAGAAACACAACAAGAUAAUUGGCUUUCCUACUUCCUCUUCUUCUUCAUCAUCUUCUAACAAGAUCACCUUCACAACAAGAAACGACAUUCCUUCUGUUAAGUACUUUAAGCUCAAGAGAAUCUUUUCUGGUAAGAAUAAUUUCACUAGCACCAUUUCCACCACUAGUUGUAGAAGAAGAGGACUGACCUUGGAUGGUGCAAAAGGAAUGCCCAAGAUUGAAGAUAGUAAAGAGAAUUCAGUUUCUAUUAAUAUUGCAGAAAUGGAUCCUCCUUUGCCUGUUAUCAAAAAAGUGCAUAAGCCAAAUGGAGCAGGAGAAGAAGAAACUCUGUGGAAGAGAAGAUCUGGUGGGGUUCCACUGAAAAAUUUGCAGUUGAAACAGAUUCAACUUAAUAGACAAAAUUUUGCACCAACUACUGUUUGAGAGGUAAAUAAUUAGGACAUGUAAAUGGGUUUAUUUUUAAUUUGAAUUUUGUUAUUAAUUGAUCAAUUUCAAUGUUAUAAAAGCAAUCGAAUUACGGUGAUGCUAUAAAGGAUAUGUACAUGAACAUGAAUAGAUAUGAAUAUAUAUCUAAAUGGCUAUAAGAUCUAGUUUGUUACUAUUA